GGAACCUGCCACAGAUCGAGUCCCGGGCCUAGAUAUCCACCUUCGCUGCCAUCUGCGCCUUGUGAAUGUCCCGUAUCUCUCCACGGCCAAUUCGUGUCUCACCGCCUGCAGCACCGUUUCUCUUCCUCUUGGCCCCACGUUUCUGCGCUGGCACCCGAGUCAAUCGCCACACCUAUCAUUUAAAUACCAGUAUUGCCUGUUCCCCUCCCCAUCCUCGUCUAGCUUUCACAUAUACCUCCUUUUGUCCCAAGUUACUUGCGCGCUCGUACACCAUGGCUGGCCUGACACCACACGGGAGGCGGCACAAGGUGACCGUGAUAGGCUCUGGAAAUUGGGGCUCGGUCAUUUCCAAAAUGGUCGCUGAAAAUGCGGCAGCUAACCCGGACCUCUUCGAGCCAACAGUGCAGAUGUGGGUAUACGAGGAGAAUGUCGAAGUGCCCCAAUCUUCAAAACACUACAACAGGGAAUUGCCUAUCUGUACGGGAUCCCAGAACCUGACUGAGAUCAUCAACCAACUCCACGAGAACGUCAAAUACCUGCCCAACAUCACCUUGCCAGAAAAUCUCCGCGCAAACCCUUCCCUGGAAGACGCUGUCAAGAAUUCCACCAUCCUCGUCUUCAACCUACCCCACCAGUUUAUCAAUAACAUCUGCGACAGGCUCAAGGGCCACAUUGUCCCCUAUGCUCGCGGCAUAUCAUGCAUCAAGGGCGUCAACGUCACCGCCGACGAUGGCGUAAGCCUCUUCUCCGAAACCAUCGGCCGCAAGCUAGGUAUCUACUGCGGCGCCCUCUCGGGAGCCAACAUCGCCAGCGAAAUCGCCAAGGAGCUCUACUCUGAAACUACAAUAGCCUACGACCCGCCCCAUAUGGACUCCAAAGCCCCCACGCCUAGAGGCCUCUCCCCCGCUCCCUCCAUCGCGAACAUCAAUAUUCCCCGCCCGCAGGACGUCGUCGUGCACUUUGAACACAAGGACUCCUCCGGCAAGUUCUCCAAAGUCAAACUCCAGGCGUUGCCGCCCGAAUACCCGCCAAUCGACCACAAGCUUAUCAAAACUCUCUUCCACCGCCCGUACUUCCACGUGCGUGUCGUCAGCGAUGUCGCGGGUGUGUCUCUGGGUGGCGCACUGAAGAACAUCGUUGCGCUAGCUGCAGGCUUCGUCGAUGGGAAGGGGUGGGGCGACAAUGCAAAAGCAGCUGUGAUGCGCGUUGGGCUGCUGGAGAUGGUCAAGUUUGGCACGAUGUUCUUUGGUGCGUCGGUGAACUCGCAGACAUUCACGGAAGAGAGCUGCGGGGUUGCGGAUCUGAUCACGAGCUGUAAUGGCGGAAGGAAUCAUCGCUGUGCAAAGCUGAGUAUCGAGAGGGGGCUGAGUGUUGACGAAGUGGAGAAGCAGGAGCUCAACGGGCAGAUGCUGCAGGGGACGUUGACAGCGAAGGAGGUUAAUAUAUUUUUGAAGAAUAAGGGGCUGGAAGGGGAGUUCCCGCUUUUCACCGCGGUUUAUAGGAUUCUGACAGGAGAGGUGCAAGUGGAAGAUUUACCUAGCCUGAUUGAACGCUAGAUGGAAAGGGUUUUUAAACAUGGGAUGAUGGAAGUACCAUUCGUCUCGGCACAUGCGUUAUAAUUAUCAUCCUUAUCAUGAUCGUUUUUAUGUUUUGCUGCAUAUUUGGUGGUUGCCCUGCUUUCCCUUUCAAGAAGGUGGUUUUAUAUACACAUAUAUGCUUGAAGAUUGACGACCCCUUCCGAUUUUCUCCGACGUGCAUUGCAUUGCAUUUCCCGUCUGUUCGAAGUUCGUGUCGACCUAUGCCUAUCUCACGGAUACGGGACCCGUCAACACGGACUUCUGUGUCGCGCGCGUAUGAUUGUUACGCUUAAAAAUGGUGGGCUGGUGUUUUGAGAGGGGCAUUGAUUUUGAUUUUUGUUUCAUUCUUCCUACUUUCCAAAAGUUAAAUCAUAAAAUUAUAGCGAUACUUAAUGUCAUCUGCCAAGUAGAUACAG